UGAUGCAUCCGUGAGUGAGCUGACACAACCGGGGAAGGGCUUCCGGCGGCAAGAACCCAGAACCCAGAAACCCAGAAAUAUCCCCCCCCCGAGGUUCCCCCAAGAGCCUCAUCAUCAUCACCAUCAUCAUCACCAACAACAACGUCGUCGUCCUCAUUAAGAAAGAAGGAAAGAAUAAUAAGCUUCCCAUGCCAAAGAAAAUACGGUUAUCGUUCCGGUCUGCAGUGUUGCUCUGACUUUCUUUUCCACAUACACACGUACAUACAUACACACGCCGCUCUCCCGUGCCCCGGCAAAUGGAUUACGCAUCAUCAUCAUCAUCGUCGUCGUCAUCAUCAUCCCCCGUGGAUUCACCGACGCCGUCGUUCUUCACCUCGGACCUCGACGGCCUCGCCCAGGCGCCCUCACCUGUCGCCCGCGCAAUCCUCGUGGCGUUGUGCGACGAUCGCCGUGUGCGGGCCCAGGCGCUGAGGCAGCUCGGGCGGCUGCUGCGAUUCGAAGCCGACGUCCGCGGCCAGGGCCCGGUCAAGAGCCCCGGGUCCGCCACGAGCCCGUCAAAUUCGAAAAAGAGGAAAGUCACCGGCGAGCCCAAGAUAUGCGUCCAGUGCGAUUGCAUCUUCACCGAUGACGAGAACUCCUUCGGGGCGUGUUGGUACCACACAGGCGAGCUAGAACUUUGGGACGAGACCCAGAUUCCCACGCUCUGGGACGAAGUAUCGUCAGACGAGCUUGACACGGAAUCGAACCGCGCCGAGUACCCUGCGGCGUUCCGGUGGUGCUGCUGCGAGAGGCUCGGCGACAGGACGGGCUGCGUGCGCGGCCAUCAUGAGUCCAACCCGGACAAGAGCAAAAAGGGCCGCGGCAACGUGCUCUCCGACCUCGAGGACGAUCCGCUAGAGCUCGACGCGUCGGACGACCUGCAGCCGCCGCUCCAGCAGCACUACACGAUCACGAAUCCCCAGGAGACGAACCCCCGCAAGCUGCCGAUGCACCAGCAGCAGCAGGAGGAGCAGCAUCGUAAUCUCCUCCAUCAACCGCAGCAACAGCACCCGCUCCAUUAGCACUAGCAACGAAGAAAGGGAGGUCCGAAGAGAGUUCUGUCACUUGGACUGACAGCGGCUCAGAGGCCUGCUCGGUCAGAUGGGUCCUCCUAACUGUUAACUGCAAACGGGAUCUGUGCCGACCGGUCAUGGGGAUCUUGUUUUGUUUCAGCGUUUUCAAUCAGUCGGAUGUGUUUCGGCCUUUCCAGCGACGGCCGCGGCGACAGUAACGGCAAUGCCGGCGGGCCUUCGGUCGCAA